AUAUAUACACUGGCGAACCCAACAGGAGCAUAGUCACAUUCGGCUUCUACAAAACAUCUCAUCUUAACCUCAACCAUCAACAAUGGCCUUUAAGUUUGUCGUCUUCUCGUGCCUGUUGGCUUUUGCCCGAGCCAGCGCUCCCGUGGUCGCCGCUCCCUUGGCCGCUGCCCCCGUGGUUGCUGGACCCGCACUCGCCAAGCUAGAGGAGUUCGAUCCCGCUCCCCAGUACCGGUUUGGAUACGACGUAGCCGACGCCCUCACCGGUGACUACAAGAGCCAAACGGAACAGCGUGACGGUGACCUCGUCCAGGGCUCUUACUCCCUUGUCGAUCCCGAUGGCACCCGUCGUACCGUCGACUACUCCGCCGAUUCAAUCAACGGUUUCAACGCCGUCGUCCGUAAAGAGCCCCUGGUGGCGGCCGCACCUGCUGUAGUUGCUGAACCCGCUGUGGUGCCGGCCCGUAUUGCUGCUGCCCCAGUAGUUGCUGCUAAGUACGCCGCCCCCGUCGCCCCGGUGGUCGCCGCCAAGUACGCCGCCCCCGUCGCGCCAGUAGCUGCUCCUCUGACCUACGCCGCUUACACUGCUCCCGUGGCUAGGGUGGCUGCCUACACCUCGGCCGUGCCUGUCGCCUACUCCGCGCCUGUUGCCAGGGUAGCUUCACCUCUGUACUCCCCUGUAGCGAGGUUCGCCGCUCCUUACGCUGCCGCCCCCUUCGUUGCUGUUUAAAUCUCAAACAAUUAUGGACUGAUUUUAUUGAUUGAAUGAAUAAUAAACUUUUUUAAUU